AUGAUAUCAAAUUUCUUGCAUAAAUUCAGAUCCUCGGGAAUCGAAGAGAGAGAUGAAGUUGUCAGGAAUAAGAAACCACAGCAGAAUCAGCCAAUCCACAAAUGUCAUUUAAAAUUAAAACAAGUAAAAAUUUACUUAAAUGACCUCAAUAACUCUCCAGUGCUUUACGAAAUACAAGACAACAGCCGAGGUCUUGACGUUAUAAAAUUUGCUUUAAGUACGAAUAAGCUCAUUAUUGAGAAUCCACAUAAUAAAGUGAAUGUUUAUGAAAUAAACAAUGAGAUAAAGCGCUCAAUUAGAAAUUUUGAGAAAAUAUACGAUAUAACGGAUAACUGGAUAGACAACAACAAUUCAUUCUUAGUUGAUAGCAAUCCUAAUUACCUGAAGGAUUCUCUGUCAGAGCGCAAAUCAACUGAUGCCAUCAUCAACCACUCCUCACCUGUACAGCUGGAAAUAGCUCCAGGGAAGUGGGCCAAAAGACUUUUAUACCUCUCCAAUGAUUCUCUUCACCUCUCUAAAUCUGAUAAACUUAAAGACAGGCACUUUCUUUGCAAUUUAGUCUCUUACGACGUCUAUACCUUUACCAAACUAUACCACAACGCUCCAAAACCUCAAAGAAUCUUCGAUGACUCUCUAUUUGGUCAUCUGUUUAUUGUAAAGAGUCAGGAUAAUCACUCUCUCUUUGAAAGAAAGGAAGAUUUCUCUCACGUCUUUGCUGUAUCUGACUCAAACGCUUGUCGCGAAUGGGUUAAAGCUCUGACACAGUCAAGGACCCACGCACUUAUCCACGAAAGACCUUGGCUAUUCAAGCGUCCCAGAGACUCUAAACCACAGCUGAAGAAUCCUAACGACACUAGUCCGGAAAUCAACACCAAAUUGACACCAACAAAGUCAAUAUCCCGUAGGCCUAAACUAGAUCAAUCAGUCUCCCGUUCAAGAUCUCAAGCCACUCAAUCUCGGCCAAUGGAUACUCCCCUAUCUCGCUCCAAAACCCAAGCCAGACCCAGUGACCACAAUGUAUCGCGUUCAAAGUCCCAAAUGAUACCCAGGAAGGGAAGCGAAAAUCACAGUCCACAUACUCAAACCAGAUUGGUUACACUCGCGGAUGAAUCCAUUUUUACCCAGGGUAGUCUACUAGCUAGACGUGAGUCAGACAAAGGUUCGUCAUUCCUCAAACAUGACCCUUCCGGCCAAUCAAAGUCCAAUUUAACUCGCAAACGUUCCGGUACAAUCAAUCCAACGACACGUUCCAAGUAA